AUGAUAAAGAUCAAACUGUUUCAGCCAGGAGGUUUAGGUCCUUUUAUGGGAGGCCCGUUUAGUAACUUCGGUCCACAACAGUACGGCCAACCACCCAAUGGUUAUCCAGGGAGACAAGGAGCCCAGUAUUGGCCGCAAGGAUAUCCGCCGCAGGGUUAUCCGCCGCAAGGAUACAUGCCAGGGUAUCCGCAACAGGGAUACCCUCAGCAGGGAUAUCCACAGCAAGGGUAUCCAAUGCAGCGUAAGCUUUUUAUCAUAUUUGUUAUUUCUGAAACCUUUUAA